AUGGGACCUCCUAAAAAGUUAAAGAAAUAUGACUCAAGUCGUGGGAGUGAUAGAUCAGGUAAAAAGAAGAAAGUAGAAGAAGAAAUGACUAUAGAUCUGGUUGAUGAUGAUAAUACAGAAAAUGUUGGAGUGCCUGGGGCUGCUUUGCAAGAUGCUGAGAAAAAUGAUCAAGUACCUGAAGACGAAUUUGGUGCAAAAGACUACAGAACUCAAAUGGCAUUAAAAUCUGAUAGUGCAAGUAGACCAUUAUGGGUGGCACCAAAUGGUCACAUAUUUUUAGAAGCCUUCUCACCGGUCUAUAAGCAUGCUCACGACUUUUUAAUUGCUAUUGCAGAGCCUGUGUGCCGUCCACAACACAUACAUGAAUACAAAUUGACUGCAUACAGUUUAUAUGCAGCUGUGUCUGUGGGUUUACAAACAAAUGACAUUAUAGAAUAUCUUCAAAGACUCAGUAAAUGUGCAGUACCUGCUGGAAUAAUAGAAUUUAUACAACUAUGUACUUUAUCUUAUGGAAAAGUAAAGCUAGUGCUCAAACACAAUAGAUAUCUUGUGGAGAGUAAACAUGUUGAAGUACUACAGAAACUCCUACGAGACCCAGUUAUACAACAAUGUCGACUUCGACGCGAUGGAGAUGACGAUUUGCUUACCUCUGCUUUACCAAAUAAACCCACUACUACUUCCAAAACAGGUGAUAAUAUCGAGAAACUGGCCUCUAACGGCAGUGUACCUGAUGAUAUAAGUCAGUUUUAUCAACAACUCGACAAGGAAGACGAUGACGAUGAGGCUACUGACAUCACUGCUAACAACGCCGUCGCCUUUGAAGUCGACCCUGAGAAAAUUGAGGUAAUUCAAAAGCGUUGCAUUGAACUUGAACAUCCAUUGUUAGCUGAAUAUGACUUCCGGAACGACUCGAUCAACCCGGACAUUAACAUAGACUUAAAACCCACAGCUGUAUUGCGACCUUACCAGGAAAAGAGCCUCAGAAAGAUGUUUGGCAACGGCCGAGCUCGGUCAGGAGUGAUCGUGCUGCCGUGCGGCGCGGGCAAGUCGCUGGUGGGCGUGACGGCCGUGUGCACGGUGCGCAAGCGCGCGCUCGUGCUGUGCAACUCCGGCGUGUCGGUGGAGCAGUGGAAGCAGCAGUUCAAGUGUUGGUCAACUGCCGAUGAUAGUAUGAUUUGCAGAUUUACGUCAGAAGCUAAAGAUAAACCAAUGGGAGCCGGUAUUCUCAUCACCACAUAUUCUAUGAUCACCCACGGACAACGUCGAUCGUGGGAGGCAGAGCAGACCAUGAAGUGGUUACAAGCCCAAGAGUGGGGCCUCGUUGUGCUUGAUGAGGUGCACACUAUCCCCGCCAAGAUGUUCCGUCGCGUGCUUACUAUUGUACACUCGCAUGCCAAGCUUGGUCUCACUGCAACAUUACUCCGAGAGGACGACAAGAUCGCAGAUCUGAAUUUCCUGAUCGGUCCGAAGCUGUACGAGGCGAACUGGCUGGAGCUGCAGGCGGCCGGCUACAUCGCGCGCGUGCAGUGCGCAGAGGUGUGGUGCCCCAUGACGCCGGAGUUCUACAGGGAGUACCUCAUACAGAAAAUCAAUAAGAAAAUGCUGUUGUACGUAAUGAAUCCUUCCAAAUUCAGGGCUUGUCAGUUCCUAGUGCGUUAUCACGAGAGACGCGGAGACAAGACUAUUGUAUUCUCAGACAACGUAUUCGCCCUGCGACAUUAUGCUGUUAAAAUGAACAAACCUUACAUCUACGGGCCGACGUCACAAAGCGAAAGAAUUCAAAUUCUUCAAAACUUCAAAUUUAAUCCGAAAGUGAACACAAUUUUUGUGAGCAAAGUUGCCGACACAAGUUUUGAUUUGCCCGAAGCGAACGUUCUUAUACAAAUCUCGUCCCACGGCGGUUCAAGGCGACAGGAAGCUCAACGUUUAGGUCGUAUUUUGCGAGCAAAGAAAGGUGCACUUGCAGAAGAGUAUAAUGCUUUCUUCUACACUCUCGUGUCCCAAGACACUUUGGAAAUGGCCUACAGCCGGAAACGACAACGGUUUCUCGUUAAUCAGGGUUACAGCUACAAGGUUAUCACUGAGUUAAAAGGAAUGGAUCAAGAGCCUGAUUUAUUCUAUGGCACACGGGAAGAGCAGGGCAUGCUUCUUCAACAGGUGCUGGCGGCGUCGGAGACGGACUGCGAGGAUGAGCGCGAGGGCGGGGCGGGGGGCGCGGGCGGCGUGGCGCGGCGCGGCGGCGCGCUGUCGUCGCUGGCCGGCGGCGACGACGCGCUCUACCUCGAGCACCGCCGCGCCGCCAACGCGCUCAACAAGCACCCGCUCUUCAAGAAUAAAAGUGAAAGUGAGACUGGAGUUCCGGAAUGGGCGAUCAUCGAACUCCAAGGGCUUGUACAAAUAAAGAAACACGAUACCGAGGGUGCUACGGUCAUCGGCGACUUGCACUACUACUCGAGGAAUCGACAUCCGGUGCUUGUGCUCGGCCACCACAUCCUGAACGGGAAGGAAAUGAAACUAGAACAGCCGAUGGCGGUCAUAGAGAAAGUGAUUGUUGAUAACAAAACGAAUUAUAAAGUUAAAGCAGUUGUUAAAAAGAAAUUACUGUUUAAGUCUAGACCCAAACCUAUAAUUUCCAACGUAGCAGAACGAGUGUAA